AUGUCAUCAAACAACUACAAUGAUAACCACGGCCAAAUCCCGGAUACCGGCAAAGAACACACCGUCAUUCUCCCCUUCGCUCAGAAUCCUAAUCUCUCAAACGAAACCACUGGGUCAUCGGGUCCCAACCGAAAGGACACAUCUUCGGAGAAGUCGUGGAAGCCGACUUUUGAUCGCCGACAAAGCUGGAGUAACGAGGACCGCAAGCACCAGCUGCAAGAACGACUGUACGGGUCGGAAAAGGGAAGAGAGAUGGGGUUCACAGAGGCGCAUAGUGGGGAUUAG